AUGGAUCGUGCCUCGGGCUCAAUUGCACAUCCACCAUAUUUCGAUGGCAACAACUAUGGCGCUUGGAAGGCCAAAAUGAAGUCGUUUCUUUGGUCCUUAGAUGAACGUGUAUGGAGCACAGUGGUUCAUGGAUUUCCUAAACCCACAAAGACGAUCGGAAAAGGAGAUGAAGAAACCACAAUCCUCAAAACUAGAGAGGAGUGGACCACUGCAGAAGUCACACACAGCACUAAUAAUCAAAAGGGGUUACUCAUGAAGGAACAGAUACUGUCAAGGGAGCCAAGCUUCAAAUGCACACUUUACAAAGAUAGAGUUGUGAAAAAGAUUUUGAGAUCCUUGCCUCAACGGUUUCAACCAAAGAUCACGGCUAUUGAAGAGAUCCGUGACUUAAACACCUUGAAAGUUCAAGAACUCAUAGGGUCCAUACAAACCUAUGAGAUGAAACAUCUACCUCUUAAAAAGAGCAAAAAUGUUGCGUUCAAGGUUGUGAAUGAAGAAGAUGAUGAGCAUUCAAAUGAAGAUUGCAGUGAUGAGGAAUUAACGAUUCUCACAAGACGAUUCAUGAACUUUCUCAAGAAUCAGGAUCCAAGGAGUCGAGAUUCAAAAGGUAUAAAUUCUAAAAAUAGGUUUGUUAACUAUACUGAUGGUGGAUCUAAAUUUCGCAGGUUAAAUGAACGAAAGAAUCCAAGAGAAAAGGUCAAAUGUUUCGAAUGUGAAGGCUAUGGACACAUAUCUUCGGAAUGUGCCAACACCUUAAGGAAACAAAAGGAUGGCAAGAAUAAGGCAAUGCAUACUACUUGGAGUGAUAGUGAAUCGGAAUGCGAGAAUGAUGAAAAGACGGUUGCACUUAUAACCACAGUUAGCUUGGAUGAAUCACGUGAGGAUGAUGAUUGUAAAGGUAUAAAUAUUGAGUUUAUCAUGAACAAAUAUGAUGAUUUGUUGGCUGCAUCUCAGAAGCUCAGUAAACAAAAUAGUGAGCUCGUCAAAGAAGUUGCUGUGCUGAAGCUGGAAAAUUGCAGGAUUGCAAACGAGUUUCAAUCCCCUGAUGCAGAUUCCGAAAAGGUAAGUGCAGGUAUGAACGAAAAAUUGAUGUUUUUGCAGAAAAAAUUGACUGAUCAGAAUAAAUUAAUUGCUUCUCUAACUUCUGACAACAAAGCCCUUGAACUUGAACUUAAAAAUUCAAAAGAAAGGAUUGUUUCUUUAACCAUUGGUGCAGAAAAAAUUGACAAGAUGAUUAGCAUGGGACGAAGAGAUGGUGACAAACGAGGCUUGGGAUUUGAACCAAGUAAUAAGUCUUCCGCUGUGUCUAAAACAAAGUUUGUCAAAUCCACUUCACCUAUUGAACCUUCUGCCUCUCAUGAAGUCAAGAAAUUUAUUCCAAUUUGUCACUUUUGUGGAACUCGUGGGCACAUAAGACCGAGAUGCAAUAAGCUUCGAAACGAAUUUGUUCGUUCAAAUUCUCAUGGCAUGGGUGGAAAAGUAAGUAUCCAACAUAAGAUUUCAAAUCUUAUGAAAGAGGUAAACCGCUUAUCCAAACUAUCUUCUUUUCAUUGUUUGCCGUCAACUAAGACAAAGUUGGUUUGGAGGGAAAAGGAAAAUCAUAAUUGUAUGUCUUCCUCCACUAAUGUUGUGCAUGAACCCGUUGCUUUAGAAAGUUUGGAUCUUAAAUGUAUUGCUGCAAAACCCUUGGAUAAUCUUCGAUUUGACACUCUUAGAAAGUCUUUAGGUAUAUGUGCUCUAGAUUAA